UCAACAUAUUUGUGAGCAUAUUGUGAGCAUACCGUUUCUGCACAGUUGAGUAACAGGCAAGAUGGGACAAAUCAGGUCUGACCUCCUCUUUGUUCCUAAAUAUAGUAAAUACAGUGCAUCUCCCCUUGAGAAAUAGGCCACUAAUUCCUACUUUUGCAAGUUUUCUCUGCAGCCUCUAUUUUGCCUACAAUACCCAGAAUUCCAUGUUCAGCGUGCGUAUCCACGCGUAUGAUCGUUACGCAAUGCUGGUUCAAAGAUUGUGUACACUUCGAGGUUUCCACGUUUCGGGAACACGAUGUGACUGCAAGUUUAUGAGUUGACAGAGCGGAGGAUCUCAGCCGGAGCGCAGAAACUCGGCGGUCUGCCAUCAUGAAUUCCUGACGCCUGUCUCUGUAUCCCCGCCAUCGCUAUGAGUGGUGCUGCCCUGGCCGUUGUGGUCAUCGUGGUCUUCUUCUUGGCCCUCUACCUCCUCCAGCGCUAUGGAGACUUGCGGAAGCAGCAGUGGAUGGUGCUGUUGGGAACGCUGCUGUCCUGGUACCUCUCCUUCCUCAUCGUCUUCAUCCUGCCGCUUGAUGUCAGCACGACCAUCUACAAGCAGUGUAAGCUUGAUAAUAGUGAACAUCCGACUCCAGUGACCCGGGGAAGUCCCUCCAAUCAGACAGACACCAAAUUAUCUGUUUAUCCAACUGUCAGUGUACCUACGGUAUGUGAAGAGCCGUGGAGCUACAUUCCCGAUGGCGUCCUACCAGUGUUCUGGCGAGUUGUGUACUGGACUUCGCAGUUUCUCACCUGGCUGUUGCUGCCCUUCAUGCAGUCCUACGCACGGUCAGGGGCUUUCUCCAGGGUUGGAAAGAUUAAAACAGCCCUUAUUGAAAAUGCAAUCUACUACGGCACCUACCUCCUCAUCUUUAUCUCAUUGCUCAUCUACCUGGCUGCUCACCUGCACUGGCAACUCACCUGGUCGCAGCUCCAGACCAUCGGCAUCACAGCGGCCAACACCUGGGGUCUCUUCCUCCUAGUGCUGCUGCUAGGCUACGGCCUGGUGGAGAUCCCUCGCUCCUACUGGCUCUCAUCUUCCCAUGGUUACCUGCUGGCCAAGACCUACUUCAAGGCAGCCAAAAUGGCCACUGAGAAGGCGGAGGCCGAGGAGAACUUGGCAGAUGUUAUGGAGGAGGUGGCAAGUGUCCAUGAAUCUGUCAAGCACAACCACUGUCUCAGGAAGUUUGUGGACACCAUUGUGACAAAGUGCCCUACUGAGUACCAGGAGCACAUGAGCGGAGAUGUGGAAACCUGUGGUGGUGGAGCUGGUAACCAACAAAAUGUCCUUCCCACCAAGAGGAGCCUUGUCAAGCUUCAUAAACAAGUGAUCUCUGCAGUGCAGAGGCAGGGUCAGACUCAGGUGCAGUGGUCUAUCCUGUUAGACCAGGCCUUCCAUCUAGAGGACGUAGCUAAGAGCCAGAGCAGCGCAGCCCACCAGUUCCUCCACAGCUUCCCCUCGGCACAACACCGCGGCUGGUUCCGCAGGUUUAUCUACACUCCUACAGCAGAGUGGUACUGGGAGUGUGUGUUGAGGCAGAGUUUCUACAGGGCGCUGGCGGUGCUCUUGUGUCUCCUGUCCGUAGCCGUGGUCUGGUCGGAGUGCACCUUCUUCAGCACACAGCCUGUCCUCUCCCUCUUCGCUGUCUUCAUCCAGAUGGCCGAAAAGCAACACAACUACAUUUGUAUCGAGAUGGCGUGCUUUGUCAGUAUCCUCUUCCUGUGUGUGUGUGUCUACUCCACAGUGUUCAGGAUACGAGUUUUCAAUUACUUCUACCUGGUGCCACAUCACCAGACUGAUGCUUACAGUCUGCAGUUCAGUGGCACGUUGUUUUGUCGUUUGACUCCUCCUCUGUGCCUCAACUUCCUGGGUCUGAUUCACAUGGACUCUGCCAUCUCCCAUCAAGACAGAAUACAGACCUCCUACACUUCUAUCAUGGGCUCAAUGCGACUGUUGUCCUUCAUAUCUGAUGGGUUUUACAUCUAUUACCCAAUGCUGGUAUUGCUGCUGUGCUUUGCCACUUAUUGCAACUUGGGCUCUCGCUGUUUGAACCUCUUGGGCUUCCAUCAGUACAUCACCGAUGAUGACUUGACCUCUGACCUGGUGGAUGAAGGCAGAGAACUCAUCAGAAGAGAGAGAAGAAAACGACAGAGGAUCGAAGAUGGGGAGAAGCACAGAUGGAGCUGGAGGGAGCGGUAUGGGGUCCAGGGAGCUGUAGGACGGAUCAGAAACGGUUACUCUGAGUUAAAGGACAGCGACAGCAGCCUUUUCACCAAGACCAAUAAAACCGCUUUUCAGUUCUCUUGGAGAGACAGAGAGAGGACAGAGCAGCAGGUGGGCCUGCUGCACGACAGUGGCAGUAAUGAAAACCUCACAGGCUCACCAACCAGGUGCACAUGAGGACAUCACCUCUCUGUCGUCCUCUCAGAUCAACAUCUUUGAUGAGCUUUCAUACACUGAAGGCAAGACGAGUCACAAAGAAGUCACAAAGAAUUAUGCGGGUCUUGAAAGGACUUUCUCACGAUGGGAUAUAAUAUCUCAGAAAAAAAAGAAAAUUAUGUACCUGAGAUGCAAGCAGAAAAUGGAUGAAUGUGAAAACAUUACCUGUCAGCACUGUCAUUGCUAUCGUAACUGCUAUAACUGGAUUAUUGUAAAAGGAACACUGUAACAGAAAUUUUAACGGGAUUGGACCUUUAUCUUACUUUGUCUCAUUCAAACUCUUAACAUGUUUGUGCUUAUUAGCCAUCUCUUUUUAAUGUGGUAUUUCUCUAGCUGUUUUCAUAAAGAGCAGAUUAAUGAUGAACUGGAUGACAUAUGGCAAAGUUAUGCACCAAACUGUGGGGAAAAAAAACACAUAUUGGCUGACUACACCAGCUAAUAUGAACAACACUAAAUAACACAUACCAGUGGUACAUGGCAAUUCAUUGUUUUGUGAAAAAGUGUAACAAAAGUUCAUGCCGACAGUAAGAGUUGUCACUAUGAAGUCAAUGAAAUGCACCACUACAGUCAAAGCAAAAAAAAAAAAAAAAAAAAAAAAAAAAAAAAAAAUCUGUUUACACUCCCCUCAAAGGGAACACUAAUCAACGUAUUUCUCAUGUUUGGCAUUUAGUGUCUGAAUCCUGUUUGAGAUAUAUUUGCUAUUAAAUGACAAGAAUUUUCCUAUCUAA